AAAGCCGGUUGGUUGAGAAGGAGAAACUCGUAAGACCAUUGGUUAAAAAGUCCAUCAAACUGGCUCACUCAUUGGUUAACAAAAUCAAACAUCCCAUUGGUUAUUUUCUGUCCUCUGUAUCCAAUCAGAGCGACCGAAAUAUUAUCGCGAAUACUUGGGUUGAAAAUAUUGCAGAAAAUAUAUAAACGUUGUUUCAACAAAAUGCUCUUCUGAAACAUGUUCUCAACAUGUUCUAACAAUUCUGUGACUUGAAGGACAUCCUAGUUAGAGUGCAAUGAUUGUUUUUCCAUGGUAUCAUGAUCAUAUUGCUCGUGAAUGACCAGGAUUGUUGUUGUAUCAAUUAGAUUACUCUGUAUUAUCAAUUAGCUUAUCAGACUAAACGCGCAAUUCAAUUGGAAUACAGAGUAUCAGACAGUGAGUGUCGAUAUGGUCAUGGCUGUCUGAGUAGAUCGUGAAUGCUGCCUGGCCGAGAAGACAUGACUGCAAUAAAAUAUGUUUUUUUCCCCCUCGACCUUCGAACGACAUUUGUACAGUCAUUUCUCCCUAAUAUCAUUUUCACUUGGAUGUCUGUAUGUUGUUCACAACAUUGUGGUUUUCUGUUCUCAAAUUCUCUGUUUAGAAAUGUUAUUUUGGGGAUGUUUUGUAACAGUUUAUGACCACGCACGGGAAAAGCCUGUAAUGUUGUUAUUUUUGUUUGCACAGAGCAGCACACAUUUCGUAUGUUUGGAUCAGAAGUACAACGUUAUGUAUUCUCCAUAGAAUAAAGACACUGGUUUCAUAUUAAAAUGAUAUUUCUGACUACUCCACACACUGCAGCUUCAAAGCAAAGAGGACAAGACAUUAUUGAACUACAUAUUCCAUAGCUCUUAGCAAACCCCAUAAUUUGACUGUCAAAGAUCUGUAUAACUAACCCAAGAUAGAUCACAGCCUUUCGUUUCCAAUGGGAACAAAUUAGGGCAGUAACUCAAUUCGCCCUUGCACUCCUAAACAACACUUCUUCUUUUUCUUUAAAAAAAAACUUUGGCAAAGGGUCAAAUCUAGUAAGUUCACUCUGUUUGUAACAGAUUCCAGUUUUGGGAACCUAAAACUGAUUUGACAUCAAAAUGUUUUAUCAAUUAGAAAAUUAGAAUAAUGUCGGCCAAAAUCCAUCUCACUCCUUCAGAGGAAUGCCAGAAGCCUUAUUGCUAACAGUCAGGAGUUUAAGAAAUAUGUCAUUGAUUUAGAGAUCAAACCUGAUGAGAUAUGUGUUCAAGAAACGUGGCUUAUACCACAUCUUGAUUGUAUUAUUCCUGGUUAUCAGAUCUGAUAGAUCAACUGGACAGGGUGGUGGUUGUGCUACGUUCCUAAGGGAAGGUCUUGUAUAUCGUAAUAUACCUGUCCCAUCUGAAUAUGAACGUGUGAUGGUGGAAGUCUACAGUGCAGGUAGUAAUAUUAAGGUACAACAUUUUUACAACCCGUGUCAACUAUCCGUAGCGGUGUUUGAUGAAAUAUCAGGAGAAAUAGGCUCUAGAGCGAUAUGGUCUGGUGACUUUAAUGCACGUAAUAGUUUAUGGGGAAGCUAAUGGUUCUAUUGUUGAAGAUGUGAUGAAAACAAGAGCAUUCGUAUGUCUUCACGAUGGAUGUGGUACAAGAGUUGAUGUUCGAGGGAUUACAUCCUGCCUGGACCUCACAACUGGCCUCUAACUCUAUUGCAUCUACAGGUGAAUGGAAUGGAAUGAUUCUACUGUUGGAAGUGAUCAUUUCCUGAUUUGGUGUCCUGUGAACUUUGAUGUUACUAUUCCAGAUAUUCCAGACAUUCUGAAGAUGGUGAUUUCAUUAAGCAAACUGGGAAAAGUUUGGUGAUCAUUGCUUCAAGUCUGUUGGAGAGUUGUCUUCUAGUGAGGCCGGGUUGAUGUGCAGUAUGUGCUGCCUCUGUGACCUCUCUGAGUUUUGAGUGCUGAGAAUUUAUAUGAAUUUAUAUGUACCAAUGAGUGAAGUAAGUAAGAAAACGGAAGGUGGUUCCUUGGUAGACUGAAGAGUGCACUUGCGGCUAUUCGGGAAAGAAAUAGGGCUUACAGAGUGUAGAAAUUUCAUGGAGACAGUUCUGCUCUACAAUAGGCAGGGCUACUGAGCUGGGGAGGGGGGGGGUGUAUGGUCUAUGUUGAAGAAGAUGACUGGAAGAAGCAGGUCCUCUCGAAUUCCAGAUUUGGUUGUGGGUCAAAAAAUGUCUGUAACUGAUGAAGAAAAAGCUGACUUGUUGGGGAAGACAUUUGUUAAGUUACAUAGCAACUUUGGAUGAAGUACACAAGCAACGCAGGUGUGAAGAUUUUAAAUACUCAUGUUAGUGUGUAUAAGUAAGGGAUACUGUUGACUCUUCUUUGGAUGCUGUUUUUACCAUACAUGAGAUGCGUUUAGCCUUAAUAGGCUGUGGAUAUACAGCCCCAGGUCAUGAUCACUUGUGCUAUGUAAUGUUUAAGCAUCAACAUGAUGAGGUCAUGCAUGUUCUCCUGGGAUGAUUUAAUAUGAUUUGGAGUGAGGGGGUUAUACCUUCUGGUUGGUAAGGUGCAGUAAUAUGACCUUAUGUUAAGCCUGGUAAAGGACCCUUCAUGGUGCUGAUAGUUAUAGACCAAUAGCACUGACCUUUAACUUGUGUAAACUGAUGGGAGAUAUGACAAUAAAUAGAUUGUCGUAUUUCCUGGAACAUAGAGGUUUAUUGGGUCAACGUCAAAGUGGAUUCCGUAAAGGUAGAGCUACUUUGGAUGCAUUCGAAAAGGUGAGCAAUGAAGUUGAAGAAACUCUGGUCAUGAAAGAAGUAAUGACUACUGUCUUUAUUAUGGAACAGUGGCAAUGAGUAGGCUUCACAGGCUGGACAGAAUCCCAUGUAGCGCUAUAAGGAUAUGCAUUGGUGCCAUCAAAUCAACAUCUGUAUGUGCCUUACUAGUGGAGGCAGGUGAGAUGCCCUUGGAUAUAUGGCGUAAAAAAAAAUGGUCAUUAGCUUAUUGAGUUAGGUUGAAAGGCUGUGAGGUUGAGCCUCCCACUGCUACUGUUCUAGAUGACUGUUGGGAAUAUACUAGUAGACAAGGCAGUGGUUUUGGUUGGACAGUUGGAAAGCUUGCUGAUGAGAGUGGUUUUAGGGAGUUGGAGGUUGGCCCUUCUGUGAUGAUAGGGAAUGUUCCUCCAUGGUUACUCCCAGAUCCUGUUGUUGAUCUAGCCUUGGUAGAGAAAAAGAAAAGAUUGGUCAGAAGUCAGUGAUAAAGGGAAACUGGUUGACAAUUACAUUAGUAGAAGUUUUUAUGCUUUUCUACCGCUUUUCAAAAAUGGAUCCAAGGACCCAGAUAGUGGAGCACAGGAGCAGGCGUUUACAUUCUGGAAUUUGAUGUGCAGAUAUGUAGAAGACUAACAGAGUUAUUGUCUGUGUACUCAGUUGAACUGCUGGCGAUAAUAGUUGCCCUCCAGUGGGUAGAGGACGUACACCCUGUUAGAAUUAUAGUGUGCUCAGAUUCUCUGUUUGUAUUGAAUAGUUUAUCAUCUGGUACAUCUAAUAGGAGUCACCUACUAUUGGAGGCAUUCAUGUUAUUAUGUAGAAUUGAGAGACUGGGUGUCGUAGUGAGAUUCUGCUGUGUUCCAGCACCUUCACGUGUUGAAGAGAAUUAUAUUAUAGACCAGUUAGCCAAAAGAGCUUUGAAACAAUAUACAAUUUAGAUUAAUCUUCCACUGGCUAGAGGUGAGGCCAAAUGUAAGAUUAGAGACGUUUUUGAUAGAUGUGCAGGAGAAGAGAUGGGACUCUGAGCCCAAGAGCCGGCAUUUACAUGCCCUUCGAAGAAAGGUCGGUGGACCAAGAUUCAAAAGUCAGAUUAGGAAGGAAGAUGUCGUGUUUGCUCAAUUGCGCUUAGGACAUUGUACAUUGAACUCAUCAUUACAUCUGGUUGGAAAGCAUGUGAAUGGUUUGUGCAUGGAGGGUAUGGUCAAUGAAAUGGUGGAGCAUGUGUUGUUAUAUUGUUGUAAGUAUGUUGAAGAGAGGGAAAGAUUGAAGUGUAGGGUCAUUGAGGUAGAACAGGGUUGGAGAGGUUUGGAAGCGAUUUUUGGAAUGGGGGAGGGUCUAUUAGAAGUUAGUGGGGCUCUUUUUUUAUUUUCUCAGAAGUAUUGAGUUAGGUAAGAGGUUUUAGAAAUGUUGUAAAUCGUGAUUGCCCACACACUCCAGCACAGUAGGAAGCGGCAUACACUUUAAACGUUUGUUUGCGGACCGCCAGUAUAUCAUAGAAGAAGAAAAUCUUGCUCGAUCUUUUCCCACUGCCGGCCACUGGGCUUCCUCUCGUCAGAGAUUUGGUAGUGAGUGGAAACGCCACCCGAACGCUUCACAUUUAUACAUCCGGUGAAAUAUCUGGUUCAAUCUGUGGUACUGUAUCUUUGCUUACACUUCCUGGUACCAGGCGCAAGCGUACAACAGUAAAUAAUGCGGACUUCGUCGCACACUGGAUACAGGACGCGGGUAGGAAGGCUAGAAAGAGGAAAAUUAUGUCGAAAACACAUACACAACCCCCGUCCUCGUCGGUGACUACGACCACCGGUGGACCUUCCUCCUCCUCGCCCGCAGGAGGCACGACGUCUCCCGCCAACGUCCUGCACGGACAGCCUGAGAAACCUCAACACUACACGUAUCUGAAGGAGUUCAGGACAGAACAGUGUCCUCUGUUCGUGCAGCACAAGUGUACCCAGCACCGACCCUUUUCCUGCUUCCAUUGGCACUUCCUGAACCAGCGGCGCCGCAGACCCAUCCGCAGGCGGGAUGGAACCUUCAACUACAGCCCAGACGUCUACUGUACCAAAUACGACGAGAGCACAGGCACCUGCCCUGAUGCGGACGAAUGUCCGUUUCUGCAUGGUACGGCGGGCGAUACAGAGCGGCGGUAUCAUCUGAGGUACUAUAAGACGGGCUCCUGUAUCCACGAGACGGACGGGAAGGGCCACUGCGGUAAGAACGGCUCCCACUGCGCCUUCGCACACGGAUCACAUGACCUACGAUGUCCCAUCUACGACGUCAGGGAGGUGCAGGUGAUGGAGUCUCAGGGGGGCUCGGGGGCUGCAGAGGGAGGAGGAGGAGACGGGCUGGUGGCUAGUACCGCCCUCAUUGAGAAGAUCUUGAGUGAGGAACCCCGUUGGCAGAAUAACAACUAUGUGUUGUCCCACUACAAGACAGAUCUGUGUAAAAAACCUCCUCGUUUGUGUCGCCAAGGUUACGCCUGUCCCUACUACCACAACAGCAAAGACAGGAGGCGGAGUCCACACAAACACAAAUACAGAGCGCUGCCGUGCCCAGCGGUGAAGCACAGUGAGGAGUGGGGAGACCCCAGUAAGUGUGAGGGUGAAGAGGGUUGCCAGUACUGCCACACACGCAGUGAGCAGCAGUUUCACCCCGAGAUUUAUAAAUCCACCAAGUGUAAUGACAUGCAGCAGUGUGGCAGCUGCCCCAGAGGCCCCUUCUGUGCCUUUGCACACCUAGACAACAAGCCCCCUAUCAGUGAAGAACCCUUGUUUCAGACCACCAGCUCCCCACCAGGCCCGCUGGACCCUUACCCUGCCCAUGAGGGGUGUCCCAGCCCUGGGGGCCGAGGUGGGAGGUCUGGGUCUCUGUCUGGAGGGCCGUUCACCCCGUUAGGGGGGUUGUGUGUGGCAGAGCAGGGCCUAUUAGGGAAGGUGCUGUCGCUGUGUGAGGACGUGUGUGUGGGAAACGAACCCCUCUCCCCCUGGGCUAGAGAGGGGGGGUACGGUAGGGCACCGGGGUACGAGAGGGAAGACCAGGCCAAACAGAAGAGUUUUACCAUGGAGCAAUGCAACAGAGAAAUGACGUACCAUCUCAGCAAACAGGACCUGCUGGUGUUCCUCCCAGUGGGUAGUCCUCUGAGUCUGUCCUCCAGUGUUCCCUCCAGCCUGGCAGCCACCCCUCCCAGCCCGGCCCCUCCAGGACCCCUUCACCAGGGCCACCACGGAGCCCCAGCACCAGGCCUUUCCUCAGGCAUGAAUGCCAACGCACUGCCCUUCUACCCCACCUGCGACACCGUCGAGUCUGUAGUUGAGUCAGCUCUGGAUGACCUGGACCUGAAUGUCUUUGGGAUGUCUGCCCUGGAGAGAAGCCUGGACAGCAGCUCAACUCUGCCCCGAGCCAUGCUGGGAGGGAACCAGCUCCAGAGUUCGGCUCCUGUCAACAUCCCAGGAUCCCUCUGCAGCUCCGCCCCUUUCAGCUCACCCUCGCCCUCGCCACCAAUCAGAGUCCACCAGUCACCAUUCUUCUCCGCUCAUCUGUCACAGCCCGGCCAAUCAGAAAGCAGCUUCUUGGGGCCAUCUCAUAGCUCUCUAGGUCUGAAUGGUAUGAGCAGUAGUAUCUGGGAGCACCCGUCAGGCCAGGGUUCUCCCGGUACACCGCCGGCCAUGCUACCCUCCAUGGGCCAGAGCAUGGAGGCAGCCCGGGUCCGACAGGAACUAGACGAUGCUAACAGACUACUGAAACACUGGGGUCACACCUGGAGACAUACAGCACAGGCGUGGGCGGCGUUGAAGUCUGAUGCGGAGGAGGCUCGUGGCUCGUCCGGUCGGUUAGCUUUACAAGCGGAGCGUGCCAGGCAGGAUGAGGAGGAGGCGCAGAGACAGACCUCCUUCCUCCAGGAGGCGCUGGACGGCAUGAGGACAGGAGAAAACCCCCACCUGGCCCUGCACCAGCUACAGCUGAUCCACAGACUGCCUGAAGAGUGUGUGGUCAGUCUGCAGGCCCAGCUCUGUACAUGUCUACACACCGUGGAGAAGGUGGUGUAUAGAAAGCAGAGGCAGUGUUGUGUGCUGUGUGGAGGGCAGGGCUCAGUCUCUGGUCUGCAGUGUGACAGCUGCUCUGCAGAGUGCCCCCUCUGCCCAGAACAGACCCUGGAGCAGUUAUCCUGACCUAACCCCUCAACUAGCUGCAGCUCGACGGAUCCCCCAACACUGAUCUCAGACCAGCUCUAGUCACUUAUUCAAAGCAGCCCAGUUGACCCUAAAACUAAGUGACUGACUUUAGACCAGAUCCAAACCAGUUGUUCUAACGCUAUGGAGUAUAGGUAGAUACUCUGUUGUUUCUUACCUCUGAUCCUAGAUCAGAUAUCCUCACCCAGAGACCAGACUGCUGUCCCUAUAGUCAAAUGAUUCAAGUUCAGAAAUGUUUUUACUCAAAACACUGCCUGUGCAUAAGAAAUGAUUCGGGAUCAGCUCUCCUCACUACAGACCUGACUUUCACCAUUACGAACUAAACUGACUCAGAGUCAGUAAAGGGCACGCUUGACCUCUGUUCCAUGAUGCUACGGCCUAAUGCCUCGAUCACACCGACAGCGUCAUUACGUUUUGGCACUCCAGAAGUACAUUUAUUGGAACGCUUCGUUUGCCUUGCAGAAUUGCGUUGUAGAGGAAGUUGCGGUGCGUUCGGUGAGGUAACAUACGAUGGAUUUAUCCAUUGUAUGAGUCAAACUGUAUGCAUAGAUGGAUUGACAGAAAUGGUAGCAGAAGGUGAAUGUUGAACUGUUGUUGUACACACAUCCAGAUGAUGCUGCGUACUAUUUUCCACAAGUACCUUGUCAGUGUGAUCGAGGCGAUAGGGACCACCGCUGAAGACUGCUGCGAGUACAAUUCCUUCCUUUUUUUACAGUUAAAAUGAAAAAUAUUUUCUAUUUUUCAUAGAAUUUUCAUGCUUUUUUUUCUAGAGAAGUGAAGGCAAAGUCAGUAGUUAUAGUAGUUUUUGCUAACGAGACUUCUAGUCAGAGGAGGAAUAGGCAAGCAUCUCAAUAGUUUAAAAAGGCUUCUUCUCCCUUUGCACUGAUCUGAAACUACAGGAAGGGAAUAUGGUGGAAGUCUAUAAAGAAAUUACAGAUGAAGGAAUGACAGCCCCGUGUAGACUAUUUGGAUGAAGCCGUCUGUGUAUGUUACAAGUAGUUUCUAUACGUGACUGACUCUCAGGUUUGCUGUCUGUAAUAUUCUUUAACUGGAAAGAUGGGGGCAUGUUAACAACACAAUCUUGAAAAAUAUACUAGUCAAUUGUGUAGUCUUUGAAAUGAUGUAUAUUAGUUUAAUUUAAUAACAAGGCGCUUCAUGUUAACUCAAAUGCCAUUUAGUUUCUGUCAAACAACCAACUUUUAAAAAAUAAAUAAAUCAAGGUAUAAUUUUUUUUGGGGGAGGCGGGGCAUAAUUUACAUUUGUAAGCAUUAUAAUAUUUCACAGUAUUUCAAACGGGUGUCAAAUAUACAUUGUUUUUGUAUGUCAUAAUUGCCCCAUGCACUGACCACACCAGUUAUCAGGUACCACCUCUGCUUUGGAUACAGCAGGGGUGUGUGUGCUUGUGUUGCUAUCCGGUGAAAAGACAUGAUCACUGUGAAGAGCACCGGCACUAUACACACACACACACCUGGCACACAGUCCAUCCCUUUACUGCAUCCACCAACAGUGUUUAAUUGAGUUUUAUAACAAUAAAAUACAUGUCUGUUUUUGUUAUUAUGCUCA